UGUGUGUGUGUCUAUAUAUAUAUAUAUAUAAUUCUCUUUUACAAUUGAGCAGUACAUAUUAUACCCAUACACUACCAAAAUCCUCGAUCUGUAAGUUCUGAACUUCUCUUUCCAUAUUCGAAGUCGGUACGCUUCUUCUUCUUCGUUCCUUUUUAGAGAGAGAAACAAUCUAGAGAGAGAAAGCACGGACAAUGUCUCUGCGACCCAGUACUCGCACCGAGGUCCGCAAGAAAUCGUACAAAACUGGGGUCGAUGCAGACGAAGCACGGCGGAGGAGAGAGGACAAUUUGGUGGAGAUCAGGAAGAACAAGCGCGAGGAUAAUCUUCUCAAGAAGCGAAGGGAAGGGAUUCUUCUUCAGUCUCAGCAACUCUCCGAUGCAUCCCAAACCCCAGCCGCCAUCGAGAAGAGGUUGGAAAGUAUUCCUUUGAUGGUGCAAGGAGUAUGGUCUGAGGAUCCUGCUUUGCAAAUUGAAGCGACUACCCAGUUCAGGAAGCUAUUGUCAAUUGAGCGCAGCCCUCCAAUUGAUGAGGUGAUCAAAGCAGGUGUGGUACCUCGGUUUGUAGAGUUUCUUGGAAGGCAUGAUCUACCUCAACUGCAAUUUGAGGCAGCAUGGGCUUUGACCAAUGUUGCAUCUGGGACGUCGGAGCAUACACAAGUUGUCAUUGAACAAGGUGCUGUCCCCAAGUUUGUGCAACUUCUUGGCUCUGCCAGUGAUGAUGUUCGUGAGCAGGCUGUAUGGGCUUUGGGUAACGUUGCUGGUGACUCUCCAAGUUGUAGGAAUCUUGUUCUCAGUCACGGUGCCCUAUUGCCUUUGCUAGCUCAGCUAAAUGAACAUUCGAAACUUUCCAUGCUGAGAAAUGCUACAUGGACUUUAUCUAACUUCUGCCGAGGCAAGCCUCCAACACCAUUUGAACAGGUUAAACCCGCACUGCCAGUUCUUCGGCAACUUAUCCACCUGAAUGAUGAAGAAGUUCUAACAGAUGCUUGCUGGGCACUUUCCUAUCUUUCUGAUGGCCCCAAUGACAAAAUUCAAGCUGUGAUUGAGGCAGGCGUCUGUCCUCGACUCGUGGAGCUUCUGCUUCAUCCAUCGCCAACAGUUCUUAUACCUGCACUUCGGACAGUGGGAAACAUUGUCACCGGUGAUGAUGUUCAGACACAGUUUGUGAUUGACAACCAAGUUCUCCCGUGUCUCUAUCAACUUCUGACACAAAAUCAUAAGAAAAGCAUCAAGAAAGAAGCUUGUUGGACGAUCUCAAAUAUCACUGCCGGGAAUAGAGGUCAAAUACAGGCUGUUAUCGAGGCCAAUAUUAUCCUUCCCCUUGUACACCUACUUCAACAUGCAGAAUUUGACAUCAAGAAGGAGGCUGCAUGGGCUAUCUCAAAUGCCACAUCUGGAGGAUCCCAUGAGCAGAUCCGAUUCUUGGCGAGCCAAGGUUGCAUUAAGCCACUUUGUGAUCUUCUGAUCUGUCCAGACCCAAGGAUUGUUACAGUAUGCCUCGAGGGGCUUGAGAACAUUCUGAAGGUGGGCGAGGCUGACAAAGAAGUGGGUAUGAAUGGUGGGAUCAACAUAUAUGCACAAAUGAUUGAUGAAUGUGAUGGAUUGGACAAGAUUGAGAAUCUUCAAACCCACGACAACAAUGAAAUUUAUGAGAAGGCUGUGAAGAUCUUAGAGAGAUACUGGGCUGAGGAGGAUGAGGAAGAGCAAAAUAUUCAAGCUGGUGUAGAUGGUAAUCAGCAGGGUUUUAAUUUUGGAAAUAGCCAGCCCAACCUACCUGCUGGUGGUUUCAAAUUUGGGUAGUAGUGGUCUUGUUUUCUGGUUUUUUAGUUCUUAUUGGAAUGAAUUUUUAGACUUGUUAAUUUCAUCGUUUAUCGCCAGGGGUCAGGGUUUUUGGUCUGGCAAAUGGGCUAAAUUUGUCUAUUGAAUUUUAUUAGGAGUGUAAGGCUUUAACUUUGUGGUUUUCGUGUCAUUUGUAUAAUCUCUACUAUGAAAGAAAAUUUUCUAUGGAUUUGUUCCAAGAUUUAUUCGAAAUCAGGAUCUUACUUGGUAAUCAUGUAAUAAAUUUGUCCCCCCUUUUUGAGUUUGAA